AUGCAAGACAAUAUUGGACAGCUCGCUCCUUACGCAGGGGCGAGCAGGGAAGACCGUGGUUUCCAAUACCGCAUGGCAGCGGGGGUUUUCAUGCUCAACAUUCUCCGAGUGCCGUUUCUAGGUUCGGAGUGUGGACCGAGCGAAGGCAAGGACCCGCGGUCCAUCGACCAGAGAGAUUGUGGAGAUGGGACGCGCUUUGAUGAUCUGAUCAAAGCGGCUCGACCGCAGGCGCUGCUAUCCAGCAUCCCAGCCCAGAUUGCCCAUCGAUUCCUCCUCGAUGGGAAUCCAGGCGCAAAGGACUCAACUCCAUCGAUAGCGCAAAAGAGGAUAGCUUCCAGCAAGGGCGCGGAUACACCGGAGCCAUUCCGUGGGAUUCAUCUUGACUCAAAGUCGACACUAGGUCAACAUUGUCUCGGGCUGUGUGACUCGAAAUUCAACCGCCCCACUGGCGUCGUCCAAUCGUACACCCAUGGCCGGUUCGAGGUACAAGGUAUGGGUCCAGUCGCCCACUCCGUUGGGAUCGAGGCGUGA